AGUUCACCGUAUUGUUGAUGUAGAUGUAAUGUGUCAGUUGAUCUUCGAUCACUCCAAAGACAUCUAUUAGCAACGGGGUAUACGCGAAAUAAUGGACUGGAUUACAGCCUGAACACAGAUUAACGCUAAUCUGCUCGUUAAUCGGAGUUUAAGAACAAUGUAGAGGAGUACAGUGCGGAGAUAGGGUGCUGUAUAUUCAUGUGUUUGCGAAUUAUGAACUGAAAUUUGUUUAAAUGAAAUUUUAAGCAUUUAAGCACCCAGUGGAAAUAACAAUAAUAUAUACGUUCUGAUGUGACUUUUUGCAUGUUGAAGAACCCAAAUAAACGUGGUUAUCUUCUCUAAUUAAGGAAUUAAAGAAGGCGGAAACAUUAAAUAUGGUGAUCACUUUAUCCUGUUCAACUUUUCGUUUUCGAGAUAAUAAAUACCGAACUGACAGAAACUGGGUUGAUUUAGAGAUUUUCAAGGAUUUAUUGGCGGAAAUGAAAUUUUAAUUGUCUGUGAAUUAUAGCGGAGCUGAAUACGAGUGUUUUUGUUCGUUUCUGUAACUCUUUCGUUGGAUAUUCAAUAUAAGAAGCCAAAAAUGCCGUUCGAAAUAGGCGGGAAAGGCGACCCUAUGCACGUGACGUACAAAUACGUCCUGAACAACGACAUCCGCUACAUGUACAGCGGAUAUCCGUUACGCUACAAUGGGCGCCAGUCGCCGGACUAUCCGAACUUCGACAUGCUCCGCUUGGCGCGCGAGAGCUCGGACCUAAAGCGGAAGACGCUGCAGAUAUCGCGCUUCACGGACCAGAACCCGUUCACGCUCCCGAGGGCGCCGGCGUUCCGCGACUACAGCCGCCAUAUGGUGAACGGCAUUGUGGAGCGUCUGCUGACCAACACGCCGCGCUCCAGCACGUCGAGUCUCGGCAAGUCCUACGAGGAUCGCCGCUGCGUGUCUCAGCUCCGGGAGCCGCUUAAGAAGGACAUGUAUCCAAGCUACCGGUCCCUGUCGCCGGAACAGGUGAAAACGGUCUCCAACAGACUCUAUCAUACACACACGCACAUGUCCAACCUGAAGGCGCGAGACCGCGACGAGGUGCGCAACACGCUGCCGAUCAUGAAGAACAAGCCGGAUCCGGACGGCAUCCGCCGGAAGCCGCACCGUAUGCACACGCAUCCCUGGAACACCACCGGCAUGCCGGCUGUAGAUACAUGAUGACAUUGGUAGCUAGGCAACACUUUUUUUAUUGUUCUAAAAUAUUUGUUUAAUAUAAUUGUAUAUUAUUUUUUUAUAUACACAAAUUUACCAUUAAUGGAAAGAAGCCAAAUGUUUGUGAAAAUGAACAGAAGAACUAUUUGUGUACAUCUUGUAACUUUGUUAAACGUAAAAAUUC